UUAGAUUUUCUUCUCUACACAGGAAAACCCAGUUGUAAACAACUGCUAUAGUGCGAUAUCCAGUAAUACGUGGAUACAGCCCUCCUGUUCCUACAGCAAUUACUCCGUUUUUUAAAAAGUCUUCAGGCGGCAUGGCAGGGAAAUGGUGUCCAUAAGGGGCUGAUGCCAGGGAAGUUGUGAAUGCUUCUACAUUUGCAGUGAAUUUGCAGUGUAGAAUGCUUCGACAUUUUUAUCAUAGAAAACCCUUGCCAUGUGGAAGCAGCCUUGACUGCAAUGAAUGUUUCAUUCUUAUUGCAAUUAGCAUGCAAGAAAAUAUUGUUGCAUGUUAAAUGUAUUAUUGAAUGUAUUAUUUUGAAUACUCACAGCAAGAAUCUUAUGCUGUUACUGUUUGUGUGUUUAAUGUCAUUAGUGAUUAUGACUUCUAUCGUCUUUGGAGAUAGGAGGUUGUUUUUGGCUUGUUAGUUCUUCUUAAGCUGUGUUCUUAUUUUUAUAUUUUAUACUGUUUUAGCUUUAUCAUAACCUGCCCUGAGGAUUCCGUUUCAGAAGGCAAGACAUAUAUGCUAAUGCUAAUAAUGAUGAUAAUUUGCCUGGAUGUGGUGAUGAGCAUGGCGAACAGUGAGGCUUGGAGGCGCUAAGUGCCCUAAUUUAGCAUGCCUUUCACACAUAAAACAAUUAAGCUGUAAAUAGCCACGGGUAGUUAUAUAGUUGAUCCCGAAUAGUCAAAUACUGGCGUAAGCUCUUCCAUAUUGUACCACAUUUGUCCAGAGGUGUGAUCUUGGUUGUCAUAUGGCAGGGCAUGUCCUGAGCUCCCAGACUGUAACGAGACGGCAUCGAAAGAAGAAAGGCACUUUGUUAAAGGCUCCUGCCAACCUGUCACAGGAAGAAGUUGAGACUGAACAGCAGAAGUGCUUUGAGGCCUUCAUCGACCAACUGGGAGCUGACAGCAUCUUUGAAGAUCAGUCAGAAAUCUGGACCAUUUGGAUGCAGCUCCAGCAAGAUGAAUCUCAUCUGCUAGGGAACCUAAAGGAAUUGUUGGCUAAGAUGACGCAUUUGAUCAAGGAAGCUAAGCAUGCAAAAAAGAAGUUACAGCUAAUGCUCAACAUGCGUGUUGCUGAUCACAACAAGGAGGUGCAGCAGCUGUAUGAGGAAAUGGAACAGCAAAUAGAGAGGGAGAAAAAGAAGCUGCAGCGAGAGACUGAAAUCAGAAGCCAGAUCUACAGUGUGGAGAUGCAGAAAGUAUUGGAUGUCAGGGAGAGGGAAAUACUUCAUUUCCUAGGUGUUCAGAAGCAGCUGGAGACAGAAUUUUUCAGCCUCCAAGAAAAGCAGUAUAAGGCAAGUACUAAAAACCAACAGCUCAAACAAGCCAACAUUGCCCUGAAAAACCAGCUACAAAAAGCCUUCCACCAGCUUCAAGAAACUCAAAGACAUUUGGAUGUCAUGAAAAAGAAAGUAUCACAGAUGCUCAAAGAAGGUGGCAGGGAUGGACUACUGGAGGAAGUCUCCAGCAAGACACCUCCAACUCCACAGGAUGAAAAUGAGAUGGUCACCUCUGAACUGAAGAUGAACUUUGAAUAUAGGUUGAAUGAGGAUACACAGGACAGUUCUGUUCAACAAGCACCAGAGGACGAUGCAUCAACUACCAAAGCUGAGUCAGAGCCCAGAACAAGGGUGAUUUCCAUUGAAUGGGAUCCUUUGGCGGAGUUUACUGAAGAACAACAGCAUUUUUUACAGGAGCCUUUAGGUCAAAGUUCUUUGCUUAGAGAACUGAAUGAUGCGAUAGCAGGCCUGAGCAAGGUGCCUGAAUCACACCAGCAACAGAUGCAUGAUCUUGGUUUGCAAGGACAAGAAUCUUCAAAUCAAAUAAGUCAAGGCGAAAGUAAUAAGUACUAUAUCAUUCAGGAAAAAAUAGCACAAUACGAAGCUCUCUUCAGGAAUGAUGGUCCAGGGAAGAGAACGUUUGAAACUGACCAGGGUGCAUUACAGCAAGAGAGUCUUCUGAAAGGACAGAGUUAUGUGCAAGAUAACAUUUUGGAGAUGAAAAAAACUAACAAUUUUGAGCCACAAAUGGACUUUAAAGCUCUAGUAUCAAUGCAGAGAGGGAUUUCCCCCCCUGAAGUUCGUUCUCAUUGUCAUUCCAAGUUGACAUCACAAGUCAGUAACCCCCCAAACAGCCCAGUACUGAAGGACAUUCUCUCUUUAGGACAGGUAACCCAACCCAAACUUCAUAAAAAAGUUUUAAAGAUGAGAGAGAGAAUUCAGACUCAGUGGCCUUCUAUUGAUUAUGAACAGAGACUGGUAAAGAAAAACUCUAUGGAAAGAAAAACAGGCAAAGAGAUACUAUCAAUAAAAGGUAUGCUACCGGUUUGUUUUCCUCCAAGGACAGUUCAACCCAAGUUGCAUGUAGAACAUGGGGCAGAAACAUCACUUGUGCACAACAGCCAAAUGGAGAAUGUAUCCAAAAGUGAGAUGCAGAUUCAAACCCCUGAGGAGAGAGAAGAACUUUUAGCAGAAGAGAGAAGAGAAGGACUGGCUGAUAUGUUUGAGUGUGAGAAGAAUCAAGAGGCUGGGACAGAAAUGGUUAAGGAAACAAAUGUCAAGAUAGAUGAUCAGGACUGCCAAGUGAAUGCUGGAACAAAAGAAACUCCAAAAGGCACUAAUAAAGAUGUCUGCUCUUGUCCAGAGCAUCUGUAUAAUGUGCUCUUUGUAGGAGAUUCUAAUGUUGGCAAAACAUCCUUUUUGUGCCGUUUACAUGAUGAUUCCUUUACAGCAAAUCUGACUGCUACCAUAGGAAUGGACUAUCGGAUCACAAAUCUCUUUGUGGAUAAUAAAUGUUUUGCUUUACGUCUAUGGGACACAGCUGGCCAGGAAAGGUACCACAGUGUCACUAAGCAGUUUUUCCGAAAGGCUGAUGGUGUGGUGCUGAUGUAUGACAUCACCUCAGAACAUAGUUUUGCAGAUGUGCAGUACUGGCUAAGUUGUAUCCAGGAAGGAGCUGGAAACGGUGUUGUUAUUCUUCUCCUUGGUAACAAAACAGACCACACUGCAUACAGAAGAGUAUCUGUUGAGGAUGGUUCCUGCUUGGCCAAGGAGUAUGGACUCUCAUUUUAUGAAUGCAGUGCUGCCUCAGGUCACAAUGUACUUGAAUCCAUGGUCAAGUUCGUCAGGUUGCUGAAAGCUCAUGAAGACAAAUUAAAACAGGAGAUUCUGGAGUUACCUGCCAUACCUACAAAAAAAAGAGGGUGCUGCUGAUGACCAAUGGAAGAUGAACAUGAAGUAAGAGCAAAAAGGUUUUUAAAAACAGAUCCUGAUGCCAGCUGUGCUUUUUAAAAUAUCCUCUGGAUUCUUUUGCUGAACCCAAUUUAUGUAGCCAGGAAAGUUUGCUGCAGAAUUAAGUCACAUGACCAAUUUUCACACAGUGGCGUCUGACGUCAUACCACAGGUAUCAUACCUUGAUAUCACAGUUCAUUAUUCUGUACAUACCUUGAACUACAAGUUGGAAAAAGAAUGGCUCAAAUAUUUUGAUGCUUCAGGCAGAACAUUCAAAUAGUUCCCUUCUCUGGUGGUAAAAAUAUAAUAAUAAAUUGAUAAUAUGCUCCUUUUAAUGGUACACCUUAAUCUGCUGAAUGAUGCAGGUUGCAUCACUCUGUUUGAUGGCAGGGCUGAUCCUGUAUUAAUAAAACUAUUAAAUGCAUAAUAACUGUAGGGAAAAAAAGCUGGGAAAACCCUCUUCUUGAGGGUUCACAGACUGCUUCUACCAGUUCUUCCUACACUUUUCUUGUUAUCCUCGUCUUUCCAGGAUCCCUCAGUCCCAGAAUAUUGGGGAAGGGAAGCCGGGCUUCUUUAAUGUGCCCACUAUCGCAAAUGCAUGUUAGGGCCCUUUUGUUUUAUUGAACUACUGAGGGAUUUAUCUAUGCAUGGUUUGGAAGACAAUAUUCAACUUUCUCCAGAGUUCUUCCUAUUAUUGUGGAUAGAUUUAUGGAGCCUCCCUAAUUUCAACGGCAUUGUGAAGAAAAUCUGAAUGUUUGUGGCACAUUUUUUAUAUUUACUAUGCAUGUUGCAAUAUCAUCAGUUGGUAUC